AUAAAUGCCAUAUGUUCUCUAAUAACACUACAUUCAACAAACAAUAAGUCUGAAUGUGGUAUUUUGGGACUAGGGUUGUCUCCACAACCCGUCUUUCCGCCCCUGAACAGACCCUUGUUCAAGUUGAUGGGAAAAAAUUUCACCUCAUCUAUAAAAAAAAAUCUGAACUUCAUGAAAUGAACACAUGCGACAUGGUCUCUAAUACGUAAUGUAAGGAAAAUCCGUACUUUGUAAGAGUGGCAUGACAGAUUUAACAAUAAAAACAAGUUGGGCUUCCAAACAAUACGUAGGAGGCUUCCAUACAAUAUGUAGGAGAGGAACAAAAGUAACUACUUAAGUUAAGGGUUAAUAUUCUUUUCCGUGCUUCUAGAUUCUAAAUCCAUAGAUCAUAAUAACAAUCCAAUACUCCUUCAUAAUCAAAUACUAGUACUAUAACAGCUCAAAUAUGACUAUUAGGGAAUGCUCCUGAAGUCACUAUUGGCAGCUUUUAGUUUUAUACAUGUACCUCUUACCCAACCGGAUUCUGUUCCAGGAUUUUACAUAACAAUUCUCACGUGUACAAAUUAUUCUGUAGUGUAGCUUCUACAAUCGGAUGUGCAUGUGGUGACGCAACAGCACUUCCAAUAAGAGGAAUAUUCAUACCAACUGGAAUAACCAACGCCCAUGGUGAUCGCUGAAAUGAGGUGACUGGUUCGAUUGUGAGAAAAAGUGGGAGAGAGUCGGACAACUAGCAGUCCGUGGGAUCAACAUUUUCAGAAUGGCUGACUGGGUCCACUGCAACCUUUGCUUUCGACAACCCGGAGAUGGCAAAAAGUUCCAUCUGACCAACUGUGGACAUAUUUACUGUGCUGACUGUGUGAUGACAGGUGCCAAAGACAGGUGUAAGAUGUGUGGCGGAAAGUGCACAACAAUCAUACUUUCAGCCCAUAUGAAGCCGGAUGUUGAGAUUUUCUUCACAGACCCAGCAGAACUGGCAAAGAAGCAACACAAACAGCUACUCCAGGUCAUUGAUUUCCAAAAGAAUCACCGUCAGAGGCUGACGGCAUACAUGAGAGAAAAGGAUGCUAAAUUCUCAACUGAAAUGAAGAAGGUCAAACAGCAGAUGACACUCCAUGUGCAAGAAAUGGAAAGUGAAAUGUUGAGGCUUAGAAAUGAAAAUGCUGAACUGAGGCACCUUCUAGGUGGAAAGCCUUCUACGGCAAGCAGGCUUUCACAAAGACCUGUGACCACCUCUCCGCACCCAAACAUGCAGCCAAGAGUCCACCGAACCCCCUCUCCCUCCCAUGGACCACACAAGUCUCCAUACACCACUGCAAUCAACAAAAGUCUGCCCUGCACGCCAAAUAUGGGUGAUUCACCUCUUUCAGGAAACCGCACACCGACAGGCCCUGCCAGGAUCACCAUGAGGACACCCCCUAUUGAUGGCAAGAUGGGAACCCCUCCUGUGGUCCCUGGUUUAACCAGAACUCCUACAGGACAGAUAAUAAGGGCCAUCUCCAACCCAGGUUCUCAUGGUGACUCAGGUUCGUCUGGUGGCUCUCAGCAGUGUGCAGGGUCUCCUAUGUCCACUGGCUCAUCCCCCAGAAGUGCCGACAGCAGAAUUGCCAGUACCCUGAGCAUGUUUGCAACUCCCAAGCGGCAGCUACCAUACAACAGUCCCAGCUCCCAGCCAAACUCUGCUCAUCAGGCUGAGCUACCAGCCGAGGUCUUCACAUCUUACACCAAACAGUUAUCCCACUGGAUCCAAACAGGGAACUCCUGCUCUGAGCCAGCCACAGUGAUCAUGACAGUGUGGAGUAACUUCAGGACAACAUGGAGAAUUAAUUACCUUAAAAUAGGAUGUGUGACUUGUUGGUUCCUGGCAAAUAUUGGAAAAUUCAAGCAGAACAUUUCAUUGCUGAGACAUAUAAACAAAGCAAUUUUUGUAUGAACCAAUUUCAGUACUAAAGACUUGGACUUGAAAAAAAAACUAAGGAAGGGGCAGGUUGCAUUCGUUGUAACCAUUUCAUAACACAGCAAGUAAUGAAAACUGUGUAAAAUUUAUUUCACUCAAAAAAAGUUAACAAAAGUAACAAUUACACCAAUAUGGUUCAUAUUGUUACAAUAGACUGUGUAUCUACAGAAUAUUCAUUAAAAAUCAGUUUCAUUUUGCAAUAUACAUAGAGAUAGAUACUGGUAAGAGACAUUCUCUCUGUCAAAUUGUACUUCAAGUGUUUGUACAUAACAUUACAAAUUAGUGUAAAAGAUCAAACCAUACUGAUACUAAUGUCCUUAAUAUGCAAUGUUACUUGGUUCUCUGUUCUAGCUUUUUUUAUCUGCACACUUCAACUUCCUAAACACAGCAAAAGCAAAACAAUCUCAAGUCCAGUUCUUACAAAUAAAUUUUUACUUGUUUCACUAACAGCGAAUAAAUUUUUUUUACCUACAUUUUGUAUCUUGUAGGAAAAUAAACUAUAUUUACAAUUUGAACUUAGGGAGCUGAACAAGGCUCAUUGCAAAAGAUCCAAAAUGCAGAAAAUCUAAAUGAGAUAUGCUUGUAACAACUGAACAAUGUUUCUUACAUUAAGUUUACCGAGUGAGCACAGUUGCAAACAUUCAAAUCUAUAAUAAAUGGCAGUUGCAAGCAGUCAGAUUGUUUUGAAAAAUGGUCUCCUUCCAUCUCACGUACAUGGUCAGAUCAAACAAAACAUUGGAAAACUCUAAAAAGCAGUUACUCAAGCAACUGGAUAUGAUUUUGGAAUCGGUCAGACAAUUCAGAUAGCAUCCACUAUCUUUCGUCAGUGACACUGAAGAGAUCUGGGAGAAACUUGUCUUUUAUACCCUAAAUAUGAAUGCAAAAGAGUCCAGUCCAGAAGACGAGUUAGGGUAUAAAAGACCAGUUUCUCCCAGAUCUCUUCAGUGUCACUAACGAAAGAUAGUGGAUGGUAUCUGAAAUGUCUGUCUGACGAAGACCUCCUGUCUCAUGCGUGACAGAGCCGCCUGGAGGAACUUUAUAGUGUCACCGAACGGAUGACUGAACUGAACUGUCUGUGACCGUUUCCAAAAUCAUAUCCAGUUGCUUGAGUAACUGCUUUAUGGCAUAUCUCAUUAGUACCUGGAUGUCUAACCUUCAUCGAUGUACAUUGGAAAACUGUUUUUCCAUCUCAUGAACAUGGUG